AUGGAAACAAUCAAAAUUCCAUCGCCGUCCACGAUUUUAGACUCGCCCGACACUCCGGCCGGGAAGCCUGCCUCGCCCCAAAAGGCGAAGCAGUCGACCCAAAAGCCCAGGCAGACCAAGAGUCGCAAUGGUUGUAUUACCUGCAAGGCGAAGCGCCUAAAGUGCGAUGAGACAAAGCCAACCUGCGAUCAGUGCGAGCGCCGUAAGGUGACCUGUGGAGGGUAUAAGAAGGAUUUCAAAUGGCGGCCGUUUGAGGAAACCAAUCUGUCCGUUGGUCGGCCUCCCGGGAAGACAAAAAAGGGUGCGCCGCUCUACAGAGACGUGUCCAUAUAUAUCCUGUUAUAUCCUUCCGCUAAUAUUCUAUCAACAGUAACACAAUCGCAGCCGUCUAAGAAACCUUCAUCUCGGCUCCCUGUCAACUCGGAGAACUUUCCAACGCCGCCAAGGACAGAGGAAUCGACCCCGCCCACACUAAUAAGCUUUCAAAGCUCUCCUGACAGUUUCAAAAGCUAUAUCUCCAUCGAUGAUAACUCUCUUGAUGGCUUUCAAAUACCGGAGGAACCAUCCACCAGCGCCGAGUCUACCGCUCCCCUGGGUGUGACUGUUCCUGUCGACUCCGAUCCUCUGAACUUCUUGUCCUUUCUCGAACCAUUUCAACAUUCUGUGCCAUUCACUGAUGAUUUGAUGCAGGAUCAAGAUAUGGAUGACAACUCUGGGUCAAUAUUCUUUGGCCCACAAGAAUUUCAACCUCACAGCGGCCCGGGGCUUAGUUUCUCCCAGUUGCUUGAGGAUGAAAAUGGCGAUAUCGAAGAGAUUAUACGGCAGUCAGAUCCCAACAAUGGCCCGUGGAAUCUGAGUUUGCCCGGGGAAGAUGGAGACGCAUUUGACUUCUCCCGUAUCCCAGAACAGCCAAAUAUGGCCCCUGGGAGCCGGGAGAUGUUAGCCAUGCGCUUUGAUAAAAUGACCUGCGGGAUACUCUCCAUCAAGGAUGGCGCAACUGAGAAUCCUUGGCGCACCCUCAUUUGGCCUCUUGCUAAAAGCACCCCUGCAUUAUACCAUGCGCUGUUUGCUCUUUCGGCAUUUCACUAUUCCAAGGAGAAUCCAGUGCUGCGAGUGCAGGGUGUCAAGCAUAUGCGCCAGAGCAUCACAUGUUUGAGACAGCAAAUUCAGAGUAUGCGAGCCGACACUGCUUUGGCGACUAGCCUCGCACUUGCAUUUGCAGAUACCUGGGACCAGAAUACACGCACUUGCAUUCAGCAUCUACGAGGUGCCAAGGCACUGAUGAUGCAACUUCUCAAUGCAGGACUCCAGGGUGGUCUUCAACCCGAGGAGCUCGACCGUAUCCGUUUCUUGUACAAUACGUGGACAUACAUGGACGUCAUUGCCCGGUUAACGUCACUGGAUGAAUCUAGUCCCCAAGAUCUGAAUCCAGCAAUUUUCCAACUCCCCGGCGAUGCCAUUCAUGAGAUCGACCCUUUAAUGGGUUGCGCAUCAACGCUGUUCCCUUUGAUCGGUCGAGUAGCUCGACUAGUUCAACGUGUGCGAAAAACGUCGUCAAAUUCUGUUUCCAUCGUUGCGCAGGCCAUGGAGCUGAAGAGGCUCAUCGAGCAGUGGGAACCGCCAAUAUGGUUCGAGCCGCCUGAGGAUCCUAAUUCCGAGGUUCAGCACAGUAUUCAAGUCGCGCACGCCUACCGCUGGGCAACUCUCCUGUACCUUCAUCAAGCUGUACCAGAGAUGCCAUCCGAGCCCGCGGAAGAACUUGCCAAGCGAGUUCUAAUUCUUCUUGCAACCGUGCCAUAUACCUCCCGGACCAUCAUUAUUCAAAUGUUCCCUCUCCUCGCUGCUGGGGCCGAGGUUGACAUGGAAGAUGACCGUAAAUGGGUUCUUGACCGGUGGAACACAGUCCAGUCUCGACUUAUGCUCGGUGCUGUUGACAGAUGCCUGGAUGUGUUGCAAGAGGUCUGGUCUCGGCGAGAUGCUCUCAAGGCCGAGAGACGACAGCAGGGUAGUAAUAGGAACAGCACAAGGCAUGCUUCUUUCUCCAGUGAUGGUAAAGGUUCUGUAUUGCAUGGUUGUGAAAAUAAUCAGCGUGGAUUCCAUGUUCGAGCGGGGUCUGGUGAUCUCGACAGAUCGACCCAAUCACGGAACAGGGGCUCUACGACUACAUCAAAGAGGAGAGGGUCUGCGCUCUCAUCGUUGGACAAUAUUGAGUUUGAGAGGACGGUGCGGAGUAGAUUGCACUGGGUAAAUGUUAUGGGUGAAUGGGGAUGGGAAAGUAUGCAGUUCCAUUGCGCAUUUUGUUUCCAGGAUCUGAGCUGA